AUGCUAAGAUACACGUGCUCGAAAUGCGUUUACGUGUCAUUCUUGAAAAAAACAACAUUAAUAGAAGCUAGCAGAAAUUAUUCCCACAAUAUAACCUAUAAUAAUGGAAUUCUCACACCUGAGCAACUCAACAAAAAUGAGAACUGCAGAGACUUUAACAGAUACUCGAAUUUUUCACCCCAAAAAACAAUAUUACCUUCACAAUCACAAGUUAUUAUUGCGGGUGCAGGGACAGUUGCCAAUUCUGUUGCCUAUCAUCUUGUUGUUAAUGGAUGGAAUGAUGUACUUGUUGUGGAACAAGACAGGAUUGGAAGUGGAACAUCCCAUUUUGGAUCGGGCACCCUUGGUCUUUUUAAACCCAUAUCUCACAGAAAUCUAAUCUCCUAUAGUAUUAAGUUAUAUCAGCAAUUACAAGAAAUGGGAUAUGAUAUUGGAUUAAAACAAUGUGGUAGCAUAAACUUAGCCCAAACCAAAGAUAGAAUGAUAGCUUUAAAACGUAGAAUGGCUUAUAAUGUACCUACAGGAUUACAUUGUGAAAUUUUAGGUAAAAAACAACUGAAGAGAUUACAUCCGUAUCUUAAUACAGAGGAUAUUGAAGGUGCAGUUUGGGUACCUGAGGAUACAGUAGCUAAUCCCAGUGCAGUUUGUGAAGUCCUAGCUAAACUAGCAAAAACUGGAGGAGCAAAGUAUAUUGAGAAUUGCAAAAUAGAAGAAGUGAACACUGAAAAUGGAGCUGUGAAGAGUGUAAAAACUGAAUAUGGUGUAGUCUUCUGUGAAUACUUUGUUAACUGUGCAGGAAUGUGGGCACGUGAAUUGGGAUUGCGAUGUAACCCACCAGUCAAAAUCCCAGCAUAUCCUGCAGAACAUUUUUAUGCAAUUGCUUCUUCCUUUUCACCUAAUUCAAGUAUAACUUUACCAUGCAUAAGAGACUUUGAUUCAUAUUCAUAUAUGAGGGAAUGGCAAGGAAGCUUAUUAGUUGGAUGGUUCGAACCUGAAUCAAAACCUGCAUUUGAAUAUGGUACCGUCCCAACACAAAACUGGAAAAAUUAUCUUCAGAAUAAUCGUUCUCAUUGGAAACCUUUGUGGGAUAAAGUUGUACAUAGAUUACCAAUUUUGAAAAACAUACAGCCGAAUGUAUACAACUGCCCUGAUAACUUUACACCGGACGGUAGAUGGAUAUUAGGAGAAAGUCCAGAAGUAAAGAAUUACUAUGUUGCUGUAGGCAUGAAUGGAAAUUCUCUACAAGGAGCAGGAGGUAUAGGUAAAGAAGUGGCCGAGUGCCUCAUAAACGGCGAAUCUACACAAGAAAUACUUCCCUUUGGCGUGCAAAGAUUUCUUGAUUUGCAUAGCAAUAAACAGUAUUUACAGCAAAGAACAAGAGAAGUAGUGGGUAGAAAUUAUGCAAUUUUAUAUCCUCAUCAAUGCGAGUAUAAAUAUGCUCGGAAAUUGCGUUGUUCCCCUUUGUACUCUGUUCUUGAAGAGAGGGGUGCUAUUUUUGGAGUGAAGAUGGCCUACGAGCGUCCGCUGUACUUUGAUUCUACUUAUAGGAGAGGACAAAAGAAGCCAGUAAUGCCGCCGGGUAGUUUCUACAAACCCAAGUUCUUUGAUUUUAUGAAAGAAGAAUUUCUAGCAUGCCAAGAAGGAGUAGGAAUCAUAGAUAUGAGUUCAUUUUCGAAAAUUGAAAUUAAAUCUAGUCGUUGGGAAGUCGUAGAAUAUCUUCAACAGUUGUGUUCUAACGAUGCAAAUAUACCAGUUGGUGGUAUAGUGCAUACGGGAAUGCAAAAUGAACGAGGUGGAUAUGAAAACGAUUGUAUUUUAGUAAGACAGUCAGAAAACAGUUACUUCAUGGUUUCACCUACAUCACAACAAACGCGUAUUUAUCAAUGGAUGUCUAGACAUUUACCAACGGAUCACUCGGUCGGCCUCAAUGAUGUAACUUCAAAAUAUACGGUAAUCAAUUUAGUAGGUCCUAAAGCAACAGGAUUACUAUCAGAACUUUCGAAUUCUAACAUUAAUUUAUCCCCCUUCACAUACAAGACUGCCAACGUAGCGUAUGCCUCCGAUGUUAUGAUAAUGUCAUUCACAAAUACUGGUGAAUCUGGUUAUUGUUUGUAUAUACCUUCAGAGUAUGCGCUUCACGUGUACGCGACUUUAAUGGAAGUAGGCAAAGAUUACGGAGUACGCGAUGUAGGUGUACUCACGCAGCGUUUUAUGCGAAUAGAAAGGUUUAUUCCCUUUUGGGCCGAAGAACUGACACCGUUCAUUACUCCGUACGAAGCUGGAAGCGGAUACAGUGUAAAAUUAAAUAAAGAAUACUUCAUUGGAAAAUUUGCCUUACAAUAUCAGAAAAAGCAAGGCGUGACAAAACGAUUGGUAUUAUUCGUUGUUAAUGAACUGGAUAUAAAUAAAGAUGUGUGGCCCUGGGGUGGUGAACCUAUUUAUCGAAACAAUGAAUUUGUAGGAACUGUUACAUCAGCUGGGUAUGGUUUUGCAACAGAAAAACACAUUUGUCUUGGUUUUAUUAGUUUACCUGGACCAAGACAUACGCAAUCGAAUAUGAAUAUUGUUACAACAGAUUUUAUAAUGAAUCCUACAACACGUUAUGAAAUCGAUAUCGCUGGUACAAGAUUUCCUAUUAAACCUCAUAUUUAUCCUUUACCGAUACCAAUACUGGGUACUAAAUUAAACAAGAAGUAUAUUCCUACACCUAUUAUAGCAUACGAAAAUGACGUAUCACGAUAUUAA